CGUAUAAACCACUUUUUAAUGAGCAACAAAUUAUGAUAGAUGGAUUUAUGGAAGCUGAAAACUUUAUAAACUUAAUGGGUUAUCAUAAGUUAGUAGAGUGGUUUAAAUGUAAACCAAAGUUUAUGGAUUUUUCAACUGAAAACAAUCUGGAGAGAUAUGAAUUUCUAAACUCUGCAAAGUGUUUAGGAGGGAUUCAUUUAAAAGAAUUCAGUGAUGAAAUUAGAUACGUUUUUAUUCAGGCAAGACAAGAACCACAAUACAAUUUUAUACCACAUUUAAUGAAACUUAAAGACUUGCCAAAUUGUAAAUUUAUAGGUUAUGGAAGUAGUUGUUGGCCUUCCGGCCCGUCCAUAGAUUUAGAAGAAUGGUUCUUGCAUGGUGGAUUCGUAACCAUAACUUACGAAACCUUUAAUGCACAGAGUCAUAUUUUCGAUAGACUUUAUAAUGUGUUUCAAUAUCAGUCGACACUCCAUGUUUCUUCAACGUGGAAAGUUGUCAUAUAUAAAAAUGUAGAGGACAAUCUGAUCAAAAAUUUUGAAGCAUUUCAUUGUAGGCAGUCACUAAUUUCGUUGCGUACGAUACGAUUAAGCCUGAAAGAUGGUACGAGUCAAUAUUUUGAAGCUGACGAACUUUUUUGUCAAAAAGAGCGACAUUUCAUUAUUAUUUGUGAACCUGAUGAAAAACAUCAUGACAUUAUUCCCGUUCCAGGGGUAGACAGACUGACUCUACAAGAAUUUGAGUUAAAGUUUGGCCCCACUGAAAAAAUACUACUUCAAUCAUCAUA